GCUUCAGUCCAAUAUUUCUUUACUCGAACUAUCGUUACACGCAAUUCAGUCCACUUGACGCUUCAUAACUAUCAAGAAAAAUCCAGUAUGGAUGACUAUCUCGAGCUUCCUUCAGCGAACGCGGAACCUUCGAAGCUGGACGAAAUACGUGAAGAUGAAGACCUUUCUUCUGAAGACGAAGAUGAAGGUCCAGAUUGGACCAAGUUGCCGAUUUCUGUUCGCCCCGUUAUUCCUAAGCGAGGAGAGAAAGAUUUCGAACCGAUCGUCCAGGGAGGAUCUGGCUAUCAACAACAUGUCCUCAACCGUGCAAGGACAGCCAUGUUGGAUGCUUUGAGAAUGCCGCGAACCAUCUCCAGUAAAGGCAUUAGUUAUGGGAUCUGGCAUCCUGAAAUUGCUCGAGUUCAUGUAACAACUGCUCGCGGUACCCAUUUCACAAGCAUGGGCCAUUCAGUUGCCAGAGCGGAGGGGAAUUCAACACAAAGAGCCCUGAAAAGACUGGAGCUACUUCCUGAAGAAGCACUGUAUCUUGUCGAGAGAGGGUCGCUGUUCUGCUGGAAAUACGUAGAGUCUUCCCUUUUGAACGCACCAGGUCUUGAUGGAAUGGAAGGGUCGCCUAUGACUGUUCAACAGACAUUCGCGGAGAUGAUUGGAAGGGAAGACUUGACUCCAGAAAAAUAUCAGGUAUACGCGUAUCUGAGGCGUCUUGGAUACGUAGUUACGCGUACCAAACCACCCACAUCAGCUUACCCACAAGCAGCGCCAUUCAAGACACGAAUACAUAGGCUAUCUCUGCUGGAACGAAUGUAUUCAUCAAUACGCUCUCUGAUCACCAGCUUUGUUGGCCUUUUCUCUAGAAGCCUCAACGGCUGGAGACCUAUAAGACAUAUUCCUUGGUUGCACCACAACAUGGACUAUCCUUCAAUAUUUAAAAAUCUACGGUUUCUGCAUUCAGGUCACUCUGUUCCACUACACGAGAAAAAGAAGUCGGAUCAGCCUCCCUCUCCCUACGAAAUCUUCUUCAAUGUAUACAAGCCUGCUACGCCUUUCAAAAAGACGACGCCACCUGCUCCUGAUUUCUCUAUGGUUGUUGUGAAUGCGAGAACAACACCAAUGCCCACUCUUUCUGAACUCACAGACCUCUUUGAAAUCCUUCCUGAACUUCCUCCUCCCGUACCUCGUCGUCGACUGGCCUUCGUGGAACAGAAGGAACAAAGGUCGACGACUGCAGCCAAUUCACCCUCGCAGCCUAUCCCACAACUAUCUUUCCUUGGACGUCUCAUAACUUGGAUCUAUCCAAGAGCGGCCUCUCAAAUUCCUGAACCUCCCAGGAAACCAAAUCCAUUCGCUGUGCUCAAGGCUGGAAAGAAACUUGUCAUUGUCGCUGUUGUCGAUGCAGGUACUACCAGCUUCUUCGGGUUCCGGCAGGGAAUGUUCGAAGAAUUCCCCAUGGCAUAAAAGUCCACUUGUCAGCAAAUGUCCUAUAAGUCCUUGGAUGGACAACAUCUUUUCACACCAUCGUCGAUGAUGGUGAGAUAGAUGACAAGUGCUUCGUCCCUUUGCACCUGCGUCGAUGGCUGGAUAACAAGCUAGCUCCCGCUGAGCUUCCGAGUCGCAGGCUUUCCAUACUAAAUUUGGACAUGUGGAAUGGUAUGCGAGCUAUGAUGAACGGGAGAUUGGCGAGUGAAUAGCGAAUAGGGGGAUACCUCAAUGGAGUUGGAUGGUGUGGCGGCCCUAGCAUCCUUGAAUGAGGCAUAAAUAAAUCAACGAUACCAGACUUUGGCUCGUAGCAGUCGUACAUCGCGAUGUAUUCAUGACCACCCUGCGCCGGCGGGCAGACGAGGGCAGACGAGUGGUUAAGUGGAAUUGCGAGGCUAGUACGGCGGGACCUUAUCCAUCGCGAGAAUGUACUGAGCACGACACGAGUUAGCACUCCGAUGUUCGCUAGACAGGCAUAAAAUAAACAGCGUCAGAUAC